GGUGUGUGAACUUCCGGUAUUGCGUGUCACGUUAUCAACACGGCAAGAAGUCUGACACACUGCUGGUGUAAUCCAAGGCCACACCAAAUAUUCACCAUGCCGAAAGACAACUUAAGAGAAAAUCUGGAUGGGAAUGAACUGGAUCUUAGUCUGAAUAAUCUGUCGGUGGUCCCAGUAAAAGAAUUGAGUGCCAUACCCAAAGCCACACAUCUGGAUUUAUCCUGCAAUGUUCUGACAUCAUUACCUGAUCCCUUCUGCAAUCUGACCCAUCUGGUCAAGAUUGACCUGAGCAAGAACACCCUGUCCUCUCUGCCGAUUAGAUUUGGCAAUCUGACUCACCUACAGCACCUGGACCUGCUUGGCAACCAGCUGACCAUCCUGCCACUCGGCUUCUUCAACCUCCAGAAGCUCAAGUGGCUGGACCUGAAGGACAACCCCCUGGACCCCGGCUUGAAGCAAGUAGCAGGGGACUGUCUGGAUGAAACACAGUGUCGCAAGUGUGCUAAAAAUGUGCUGGUGUACAUGAAACAAGCCAACUCGGAGGCCGAGAGGCGGAAACAGAAACUGUUGAAGGAAGCAAGAGAAAGGGAAGCUGCAGAGAAGCUGAAGGAAGAGGAAGAACAGAAGAAGAAGAAAGCGGAAAAACAGGCGGAAAAGGAACGAAAGAGGAAAGAGCAGCAGGCACGAAAAGCCCAGGAGAAGAAAGAGAAGAAGGAAGAGGAAGGAGAGAAAUGUGAAGUGAAAGCAGAAGUCCGUGAAAAUGGCAUCCAGAAAAGCAAGAAGCAGAAAACAAAAGAGGGAGGCUGUCUAGGACGAUGUUGUUUGGCGUUGUUUUCUGUGCUGGUGGUGUUGUUUGCUGUCAUGGUCGGAGUACACUUCUUUUGUCGUCAGAAUGAGGCUCAGGCGUAUUGCAAGACAUAUUACACACCAGCAAAGAAUUUUACACAACAGCACUAUAGAUGCUCAAGAGACUUUGUUAUAAAACUUAUAGAAACCCAGUUUGGUAACAACACUGUGACAGAUUUCAUGACCAGGUCCAUGUAAUGGUGAUUCCAUCUGAAUUCAAUCAAAGCAUUCUUACACCAAAUGUGCCACAUUCAUGAAAUGAUAAUCACAUUGUAUAUGAUCUGUUUGCUCUGAUUGUAAGUCUUGAGAUUAUGAGAAUGUGCAUCACUUUUUAAUGUUUUGUUAUGUUCCAUCAUAUUAGGCAUAAAAAAAUAAAAGAAUUGGUUCUCAGGCAAUGACUUUUUAAAAUAUAGUGUGGCGGUGUGUUUUUUCCCCUGCUUGUUCAAACUAGUAUGUAACUAAAUAAACAGUUGUGUACCAUCAACCUGGGAAAGGGCCUCCCUACAAAAACAAGCAUACAAACUCCUAUAGCCGCCAUGUCCAUAACACGAGAUGUGCAGUAAAGCAGUGCGCAUAUAAAGGGAGGUAACUGUGUGCUAUAUUCGAUACAAACGAAACAUGCGGCAGACAUUAUGAUGAUGCGGGGGUGCCUGAGAACCAAGACUUUUAUUUUUUUAGCCUUAGAGCCAACCGGAUUGGGGAUUGGCUGGUCACAAUGACUGUAUGGAGGUGACCACCUUAGCUGUGAUGGACAUUGCUAGUUUGGAUCUGUGUGUAGUGUUGUCAAACAUUGGUUUGAUGGCUCCAGGUCUUGUUAACCAUGUCGGACAGCUGCAAGGUGUCUAUGGCUUAAAGCUAAUUCAUUCUCCCGAUCUUUGCAAUCAGUUAUUAAUAAUCUCAUUGGCUUUUUAUUUUCUGAUAAAAUUUAUUUUUAAAGCUACAAUACGUUAUUAGAUAUUUAUCCAAAUUUUCAUAAAAUAUCGGGUGGGAGACAUUGUAAUGUUGUGUUUUCUUUUCUUUUAAAGAAAGUAUACAUGGCAUCUGUGUACAUUAACAGUAGGGAAAUGGGGGACACACUCAGGGCAGGUUCUGGGGGCCAAUAAACCGAGGCAGCAUGCUUGUCGUGAGGCAGUAAUAAGUGCCCUGGGCACUCAGAAUGUUGAACUGGGGUGGGGCUUAAUAUAACCACUCACAAGUUUAAUUUGUUGUUGGAUAUCCAGUGGUAGAGGACAGACUUAGUUCAAAGGUUGACGAAACAUGUUUAUUUAUAGGAGUUACUAGUCAAUUAUGUACCCAGUGUUUGUGUCUAGGGAUAUAGGGGGUCAAGGUCCUUGCAGGAAAUAUGAGGGUCCUGUGAUGACAUCAUGUAGUGUAGUGUAAGAUUUGACAAUUACUUUAAUUACAGGACUUUCGUCGAGAAUUGUGUACAAUGACUAUAUAUAUGGUCCCUCAUGAUGCAAUAUUUUUUUUUCUGCAUCCAUUCAUUUAAUACAUUUGUGUGUACUGGGUGCACAUAUCUGCAUCGUUGUAAACCCUGUGUACCCUUUUUAAACUCCUGUUGCAUGUAAAAUGUGGGUAAUUUACACAAGACAAAUAAGGACUGUCAAUUUAGCUGAUGAUAGAACCAAGUCAGUUAGCCUGACCACUCGAUCCCGUUAGUCGCUUCUUACGACAAGCAUAGUCGCCUCUUUCAACAAGCAUAGUUGCCUCUUACAACAAGCAUUGUCGCCUCUUACAACAAGCAUAGUCGCCUUUUACAACAAGACUGGGUUCUCAAUUCUAACCGGAUCUUGACCAGGUUCUACCAGGUGAUAGUCCUAUGGGAAGUUGGUGUAUCGUGGUGUAUGAGUGAAUCGUCCCGAUGCUAUGUCUUCUAAUCUCCUACUAUGCAAUGUUGAUAAGUGUUUUUGUUUAUUUCUGUUUUCAGUAAACUAGAAUGGAAUUACGAAGUUUUCCGAGUAGAAAGUGGUGCAACGAAAGAGUUAGAAUUUAUUUUAGUAUUUACAUUAAUAACUUCUCCCCAGUCAACAACCACCUCCCUGGUCAAGUAGUUGAGCGGCCGCCUGGAGAGCAGAAGGUUCGUGGUUCGAUCCCUGGCCGGGUCAUACCUAAAGACAUUAAAAGAUGGUACUUGUUGUUACCCUGUCUGGCGCUUGGUAUAAAGGGGCUAAAACAAGGACUG